CCGAGCGGCAAGCCGGCAGCAUGGACACGAACGUGGAUACACGUAUGCGCACAUGCUUGGCCCGUCUUCUCGUCCUGCUCUGCACGCUGCACUCCGGGCGCGCGGCGUGCUACUUCCCCGUCGAGCUGCAGGGCAAGUACGUGAUGCAGUCGACGGCUACGUCCAGCGUGCAGUACUCGCAGGUCGACAUCACCGCCGACGCCAUCCCCAUCUGGGGGCACUGCCAUCGACGCAUCGGUAACAACGUCAUCCUCAUGGACGAGUCGGGCGCUGCGAGCUGCAUCCGCUGCUUCCACGUGCGGCUGCGCUCUCGGAACGUGCUGCAGGUUCACACGGAGGGCCUGGACAAGUGCUACACCAGCGAGCACGUGGCCGAGGCCAAGUGCCCCAACGAGGCUACCCUCCACAUGCAGGAGCCCUCCAAGGAGAUCCUGCUAUAUAAGUCGCACGACUCUGGCGGCGAGCCGAUCCGGCCGGAGUACUGCCCGAUCAACGGGCGCUUCACGUUCACGUACAGCGGCGUGGGCGGCGAGUGCCCGGUGCCUGUGUCGGAGCUCGACAACUGCCCGUCGGGCGCCAGCCUCAGCCUGCGCUUCCGCAGGUGCUCCUUCCCCGACUACAAUGUGACGUACGACUGCCUGGGGCACUGGGAGGGCCCGGCCAACCAACGCUACCUGUCGCUGCUGCACGCGUCCGCUGCCGACCACCAGCCGCGCUACCGCUGCGCCCUGUUCCGGGAGGAGACGGAGGGCAGCGUGCUGCUGGCGUUCUCGAGCGACUCGACGUGCCGCAGCGAACUGCGGAGCGCGGCGGCUGGCCACGAGAUGCUGCGCCUCGCACCCGUCAGGCCGCCCGCGUGGCCCGCGUCGGCGCGCGCCGCGCCCUGCAGGUUCCCUACGUGGGCCCAGGGCCGCUGGCAGCAGCUAAUGGUGGAAGGGAGCACGGUGAGCUACCGUGAUCACACUCGCCUGCAGACUUACACAAUGCGCUGCCUUGCAGAACCAACAUCAGUGCUCCCCGACAGAUUCCCAGUCUUUGUCCGUACACACUGUGGAGAAGAAAUGUACAACUGCAUAUGGAUGAAGCUACGUGGCAUGAAUGUCUUGGAAUUUCAGCUAGGUGACCAGACGUACGCUGCAGCUAAUCACAAUCUCUGCUCUGAUUCGAAUUUUAGAAAUAGAACUUGGAUAACUCAAGGAAGGCUGGACCGCAUGCAAGAGACUCCAUGCCCAAUAGCUGGGAAAUACACUGGAUUAAUUCCAGAUGCUGUUGGCCUCUGUGCUAAGUUGUCAUCAGACUGCAACUCACCUGAUAUUAUGUACUACACUGUAUCAGACUGCACACAGAGUGAAAUAUAUGAAGAACGUGAGUACAGAUGCUUAGGGCAAUGGGAAGAAGAUGGUUUGAUGUAUACCUAUACUCAGCGUAGGGAUGUUGAGGCAUAUGAGUGCUUCGUUGGAUCUAUAGUUUCAGAAGAUGAGAUUUUUAUAAAGGAAGCAGGAGAACACUGUCAGCGCAAUGUAGACCCUUUGCAACAUGGAAUGAAGCUGAGUAAAAUGGGUUCAUGUUCACCUAGUGAGGUGAAUCAUCCUCAAAAUACGCAUACCACUACCUCAUGGCUUUCCAUCAGACCAUCAACAGAAAUGACAAAACCAUGGAAACCAAUAACAGCACCACCAAGAGUGCCAGGCAGGGAGACCAAAUCAGCAUCAUCAGUGACUACACCCAAAGGAUUUGCAAUUUUCCUAUUAAUACUAUUUACACUGGGUCAAUGCUGUGUAUUGUAAAUCCUAGCCUAUGCUCACUGUUGUGAGGAAAUCUUUCUGAAGUAAAAAUGGCUCUCCAGCUGGUCCAAGGAACAAUAUUUGUCAGGAAUUGAAGGGAAUGCUUUGAAUGAAGUCAAAUUUCAUCGUGGUCUUUCUCAGGAGUCAAGCAAAUAUUACAGUACUGUACUAAGUAUUAUCAGAGUCAUUCUUAGCAACCAGCAGGACAGCGGACAUGAGCUUUGUAUUAGUAGUACUCUGUAAAAUAAUUAUUUUUGUACAUUAUGAGAGACAAUGUAUGAGGUGAUGUGUGAUAAGAUAUGCUUGAUUUUUGACAUGUAUAUACACAGUUAAGAGUAAAGUGUGAAUGUGUGAAUGUAAAAUAUCUUUCCUGUUGUGUAUAAAGUAAGGUUUACAUGUAAAAUAUAACUGUUCAGAUUUGAAGCAGACAAAACUUGUGAUGUGUAAUUGUCAAUGAUAGAGUAAUUAUGUAUGUCUUGUAAUGGAUUUUGAACACUUGUUGGAGAAAAGCUCUUUCCACAAUCUAAUGUAGCAAACAGUGUACCAUUUUCAGCUUAUAUCAAAUACUGCAACACAGUAAACCACUGAAAAUGCUAAUGCUGUAAGAAUUUCUUUUCCAUUGUUCCAUAUGAGUUUACACCAACUUCAUACCAAAGAAUAAAGGUUUUCAAAGUAAUCUUAGUCAUGUGUAAACUUGUAACACUGUAAAGAAGACAUCUUUAACAGCUAACACAAAAUAAAAUUGUAGAUGAUUUCAUUUGAUGCAGAAAAUGGAAUAAACAAACAAAAAUAAUGACUUACUUUAAUAUUUUGUUCUAGCAAUGACUGACACUCUGCAGUUACUCACCAAAGGCACCCUAACAAAUCCCAUAUUGUAAACAUAUAAAUAAUUUAACUGUUUUGAAACUGCUCAAUGAUAUGCCAUGUUUCUUAUAAUGGACAUGAUAGAGUGUGGUAACAGUUCGAAUUGAUCAUUGUAUUUCACAUAAUCAUAGUAGUUUUGCACAGUUUAUUCAUUUUAUAUCUCUCUCAGAAGUGCACUCUUUCAUGAAUUGAUUAGUUUCUAGUGCAAAAAAGCAAUGGAACUAAUAUGUGAUGUAUGAAAUAUGGUUUCAAAUAAAUAUGUAGAGCAUAAAGUGAAGUUUGACAUACUAAAAUUGAAUACAUACAUUGAUAACUGUUAUGUAGUAGAUAUUUAAUGUCAAUAGACCUCAGUCAAACACUGUACCUGAAUUAAUUUAAUGGAGAAAUUUGGCAUUUUUAUAAGCACUUACUCAUAGCAACACAUCUGACAUGAUGAGCACAAUAAAGGUUUAGCUUAAUUUUAUACAUAUAUAGAACCAACCCAAGUGGAAAUACAGACAGCUACAAGAAACUUGAGAGCUUUUUGAAGCCUGCUUGGUGAACAGUGUUGUUGAAUUAGUUGUAGUACAACUGAGCAAGGUACUAUUUAUAUUGCUCUAAUAUGGCAAUGUGGAAACAAGAUUUUUCAGCUGAUAUGAGGGAAUAUUAUUUCCAUUUGAUACUUCUCUUGAAAGAUUAAUUGCCUUUAAUAACAGGCUAUUGUCUAAAGUGUCAUAAUUUGUUUUUAUGGUAACUCUCAUGUAAGUGGAACUUGGGGUACGAGGUUGUGACCACUGUACUAUAUGUUCCUGCCACAACACUGUAAGAAAAUUAUGAAUUUUUUCAAUACAAUUUAUAAAUGACUGCCAUUCCUGUUACACUGUUGCCAUUCACUCCUGGAUAUUAGUUUUGUGAAGAGUGCUCAAAGUGAAAAUUAAUGUGACAAGGCCAUGAUUUUUAGCUACAGAUUGAUAAAAAACUUUUUCUAAAAUGACAACUUUCAUGGCCAGAAAUGUCACACUUGUUAAAAUAUCCAGAGUUAUUUUGCUGUGGACUGAUGAAUUUCCUGCUGAAACCCAACACUGUGUCCUAGUCUGCAGUGGGGGAUUCCAGCUUUUUUGAUGGUCUGAUGGACACCCUAGCUUGCUACUGACUGAAAUAAAAUUCCGUUUCUGUGUGCUUCUAUGUAGAGGCUUGAUGUCACACAUUUUGAAAAUUUGAACGCAACUGGCCAUUGUCAUUUGCUGUCGUACACUUUUGCCGUCGCCCUAUGGUACUAGUCUUCCUCCAUGGGGUGAUACCAUUAGCAGAUGACAGCAACUGACAAGUCAAUUGUGCUAGUUUCCAAACAUGUGACUCCCUAUGUGUGGGAGCAUGCAUAAACAAGAGUUUUACCCCAUUGAACACGUCCUCCACAGAGAAGGAUGAAAUUUUCGGUUUUGACCACAAAUUAAUCCAAUCCAAUAACAUCAUAAUAGCCUGGAAUAGUUUAAUAAAUGGAACAACUCUGUUUUUAAAACAGCACUGUGAAGCAGCAUACAGAUUACUUAUUAUCUAAGUUGUGUUUGCAAGUAGCCUAUCAGUGGCAGUCUUAUGCUAGCACUAAUCACAUUAAAGUUGGUGUUGUGUAUACUGCAUAGAAAUGUCAGCAAAUCCUUUGUUUGAAGAAAAAAAUUGAAAAUAUAACCAUGUAUAUAUACAGUAUCUUGUUAAAAUCAUGAGGUAGAAGCAACAACUUAUUCUAGUUUAAGAAGAAGAGCAGCCACAGUGAACAAAUCCAUCAUGGCACUUCACAGUGAACAUUGUUAAAAUUAGUUGAGAGCUGUAACAUACACACAUUGUCGAGCAGUAGAACUUAGAAAUUAUGUACAAUUGGUCUUCUACAGAUGCAAGCAUGAACAGUUGCUUUUACUUCGCAAUUUUUGUAUAUUUAUCAAGUUUUCCCUUGACAAAAAAAAAUUACUGAUAGCUACUAGGUGGUAUACACGAUACCAACUUGGAGUAGAUAAAUGCUAGUGUAAAUUCCUGAAGGACUAGUCUCAAACAUUGGUCAAAUAAUAAUUUGUACAUGGCUUAAGGAUGUUAAAUCAAGUAUUUGGAGGCUGAGGAGCACCAUGUGUGCAAACUAUUCAUACCUAUGGUUUGUUUGGAUGUUUUGUUUAACUAUAAAUUCAUGAUAGAUAUUUUUGAGAAUGGCAGGGUUUGAUUACAAAAUAAAAUCUGGAAUUGAUUUAGACAUCAAUACUUAUAAAUAUGUUCAUCAGCAGCAGUGUCAGUAAUUCCAUUGGUUGUUGAAUCUCACUUUGUCACGAAAUUUGAUAUGUUCUCGAGUAUUUAUAACUACUUGUAAUUUCUUCCAAGUAAUGCAAGAAAUGUUAAACUUUUGAAAGCUGUCUUUUGAAGAUUUAUUCCCAGAUGCAUUUUAUGUCAUGUAUGAGCAUUGCCAGUAAUUUUCUACUUGAAAAGUGAAUGCAUAAAAGUCGUGUACAGUAUGGUCAUUUCUCACUAUAGUAUCACAUUAUGCACUGAAGACUGAAAACUGUAUGUCAUUGUAUACUGACGCGUUACAAAGUAGUAGAAGGUACUCUGUAUGUGUUCUGUUGUCUGUAAAUAAAAUACUGUGAUUCACUGUGUGAAUGUGUGAAAGUUAUGUACUAAAGACUUUUGUACUUUC